CAAAACUUUUUUGUUUCAGAUUACUAACUUGCAUUUGAAUUUUCUGAAGUAAGCAUAAAAACUUUGAUUUUAUUGUAUCAGCAUUGUGACUGAGAUUGCUUUACAUUUACGCUCUAAGAAGAAGAAUUUCCAUCUUUGAAUAAACUUUACUGUUGUACCAAAAUAGAUAAAGCCAUAAUGGGUGAAGAAGCCUUAGUCGCGAAUGGUGGAGACUAUGGAAAUCCGAAGCCCAAAGCAACACUUUCCUUGAUGGUUGGGGUUGCAAUGGCCGUUAUUGGCUCAUCAUUUCAAUAUGGGUAUAAUAUUGCUGUUGUUAAUGCACCAGCUGAUGAAAUUAAAGAUUUCUUUUUUGGGCCUUUGGAAGUGGAGGUGAUUAACAACACCGUUGUAUCAUCUGGCAACAUUUCUACCAGCUCACUUAAUGAAACCAUUGGUUCAACCACAAUGUCACCGGAUGUUUCGGUCAAAAAGGAACCGGUAAAUGACGAUCAUGAGAUCUAUAGAGACAACAUGUAUGCUCUUGCUGUAUCAGCAUUCGCUUUCACCGGUAUGAUUGGAUCUUUGCUUGUGGGUCCAGUCGUGAGGAAAUUUGGGAGACGUGGUGGCUUGAUGGUGAAUAAUAUAAUUUCACUGGUUGCUGCGGCUUUCCUUGGAUUUUCGAAGCUUGCAAACAGCUUUCCUAUGAUUGUGAUUGGACGAGCAUUAAUCGGAGUAUUCGCAGGUUUGGCUACCGGAGUUGUGCCGAUGUACAUUGGCGAGAUAUCACCCAAAGAAUGGCGUGGGGCUAUUGGAGUUUUGAACCAACUUCUCAUUACUAUUGGUAUUUUGGUGGCUCAGCUAUUCGGCCUCCAGGGAGUAAUGGGAACAUCGGAAAUGUGGCCUUGGUUAUUUGCAUUUACUGCAGUUCCGUCUAUUCUACAAAUGAUAUCAAUUCCAUUUAUGCCAAAAAGUCCUCGUUACUUACUCAUCGAUCAGCAUAAAGAAGAUGAAGCCAGAAAUGUUCUGGUCAAACUCAGAGGAACAGACAAUGUCGUCAACGAGAUGGAUGACAUGCGUCAAGAGGCUGAAUCCGAAGCAUCCGCCGGACAACUUACAAUUGUACAAUUAUUCCGGGAUAGAAGCGUUCGAUGGCAGUUGAUCACUGUUUUAUUUUUGAUGGUUUCGCAACAGUUAUCUGGAAUCAACGCCGUAUUUUUCUACUCGAACAAAAUUUUCACAAACGCUGGUAUUCCUCCGGGAAAUCAACAAGACUUGGCGUCAGUAGGAGUUGGAACUGUGAACGUACUUAUGACAAUCGUCAGCGUUGGAAUUAUCGAAUGGGCCGGACGAAAAUCGCUGUUAGUUUGGGGAUUCGGCAUGAUGAUAUUCUGGUGCAUCGCCAUGACUGUCGUUUUAAAUCUCAUGUUGGCAUUUGGGGGUUGGAUUUCGUACUUGAGCAUUGCAUGCGUUAUUGGAUACAUUGUUGGAUUCGCUAUAGGACCAGGUCCUAUUCCCUGGCUCGUUACCGCCGAACUUUUCAGACAAGCUGCAAGACCACCCGCCUUCAUGAUUUCAUGUAUGGUUAACUGGGGAUGUAAUUUUAUUAUUGGAAUCAGUUUCCCUGCUGUUAUUAAAGUAACUGGACCUUGGGUUUUCCUCAUAUUCAUGGUUGUAUGUACUUGCGCUACAGUUUUUCUGGCUCUUGUACUACCAGAAACAAAAGGAAAAACAUUCAACGAAAUCAGCGAUUUAUUUGCUAAACGAAAUGGAAUGAAACCAGGUGGUGCACGGCGGGAUGAAUCUCUGAAAAUUCCCCUCAAGGAUAUGGGGGUUACUGCAGACGGGAGUGAUCCCGCAGCUGGUGAUAGAGUAUAGAACUCAUUAUAGAUAAUUUUAGGAUUAAUUUUGGAGUAUGGGAAGCCUAGGUCAGCACCGCCCAAUUAUAAUGAGAUCGCAAAUAAUAUUUAUUUUUCUGAAACUCUUCCAAGGAAAUCCUAAUUCCGAUUAUAUUUUUCCAUCCAAAACUUUACACAAUUCUAAAAACAUUUUAUUUUCACCCAAACCAUAACAUGUAUGGUCAUUGAUGUUUAUUUAUGAUCUAUAAUUGAUCAAAUACAAUUUCGACCCGUCUGCACCUAUGUAUGGUUCGAUAAAGUUUGUACCAUAUUAUAUUCGCCUCGAUAAAUACCCGCUGUCUUUACACAAACAAACUCCUGUAACACAGGUGCUAUCUUUUACGCCCUGGUGCGAGUGACGUCAUAAUGUUUUUGUUUUCUGUUCUCCCGUUUUUAUUUUUUAUUUUUUUCUAUUAUUGCUUGCAUGUAGUAUUUAUUGCCAUCCCUGCUUUUUUGUUUCAUGUAUUUUUGAGAAUGAUUCUCGGGCUAAUCGACCUUUGUUAAUGGUAGAUUACCACAAAUGUGAAGUAUUCUACAAGACCAUGUGACAUGGCCGUUUGAAGUUAGUACUUUUAAAACUGGCCAGCGUCUGUCCUUUAAACUAUUUAGGGGUAUAAUGCUUUUUUUAAAUGCGAGAUGAAAAGUGUGCUAAUCUGGGAGCGUAUUAUUGGUGAAAUUCAUCUAUCUGCAAAGCCAGAAGAGUUAAGCUCUUGAAUUUUGUGUAUCAAUGAUUUGGUGGGAAUGACCUUUUAUUGUUGUAUUAGAAAAGGACAACGACGACCUGCUCAUUUUCAACCUUUAUUUUGGUAGGAUGUACUUUGCACUGUGAGAACAAUAUUACUUUGAAACACUCUCGCACGUUAUACACAAAAAAUACAAUGACUUGUGUGUUUUUUGUUGACUGUCCAACAAAUUGGAAUUACACAAAUCGGAAAUCAGUAAUUUUCUGUGUGUUUGCUGUGUUUUGCACAACAAUAUACGCUAUAGUGUUAUACGUGUUGUUCUUCGAUGCAAUAUUUGUUUCUUUCAGUGCGCGAAGGGCGGAGGCCCAUGCAAUAUAUUAGCAGUACGUUCUUUCUAUUUUGUCAUUUUUGUACAGAUUGUGAAUUAUUUUUACACAAUUGUAUAUAGUUUCAAAGUUGCCAUUUCCCAAACCGUUCAAAAAUGAUAUUACACUUCCUUCUACACAUUUUGAAUGGUCUGUUUAACCUUAAACUGAAAACCUACACAAUGACUUGUUUACACUUAACUUCUAGGUUACAGAUAAGCGCUUAUUACAGGAAAGUUGAACAAUACUUAUAAUUGCGGUCGUCAUUGUUACACAAAGUGAAUCGUUUAUCUUAUUUUAUUUCCUCAUUCAUGUAUCGUCAUCUGUUAUUGAACAACAUCGAGCCGAUCUCGCUUGUAUAUUACCAGAAGUUAGACACACUAAAUUAUUUUAAACUGCAUUUUUCACCUAAAGUAUAUUUUUAAUGAAUCUUGAUUGUGCACGUAAUGAAAACAUGCUUAGAUAACCCCAAACGGUUUCAAUGUUUUGCAAAUGUAUAUAGGUUUACUAACAUCUAACGGUGCCCUUUUUAAAUCGAUUUCCCCCAAACUAACUCAACUAGUCUUAUUUUAAAAUCUAACCGCGUCACUGAACUUGUGUACAAAGCUAUUGAUCCAACACAUUUUUGGUGCCCUUCAUUCCACCCGCUGUAAACGAAAGCACUCUAUACACACCCACUCUCGGUACUCUUCGUCCACCCGCUGUAAACGGAAACAUGUUAUACUAUCCCAGUUCCGGUACUCUCAUCUGAACAAAAUGUUGACAAUCGCACACAAUAGAAUAUAUUUUCAUGCUAUUAUAGUCUCUUGUCGUUUAACGAACAAUUCAUUGUUUAACGAGUUGUUAUUGCUACAUUUGUAAUAUUUUUGUAUUUGAAUGUUUGUUGUAUUUACUUUUUUUUGUAUAUUGUAUACUAAGAUUUUAAUGAAACAACAUUUAACGGUGUUCAUCUCUGUUGAUCUACUAAAUAGCGAAAUAGAUAUUGCCCUCAAAUGUAAUGUUAUUCAAUAUGAUAAUUUAUGUACACCGAACGCUCUUAUGAACCGCAUUAUUUGAAAAUCUCCGUAUUUUCAUAUCUUAUAAUUUAACCAUUCAUUGUUUUACCCUCGGCGUAUUAUUAACUCAAGAGGUACCGUAUUUCCCCGAAAAUAAGACCUAGCCUGAAUUUAAACAGGAUUUUAAUAUACGCUCUCCCCUUGAAAUAAGACCUAGUCAAUAAUGCGAAAUUUUUUGACCUGGUCGAUAGCAAGAAAUCUCUCCUACACGUUUUAAAUGAUAAAUCUGAAACCUGUGAGAGAUAAAAAGGUUCGAUGACCUGAUAAAAACGUGAUAUUUAUAAGUAAAUUGAUAUCAGUUUUCAUAUUUUUCAUCGUAAUUCUCUCCUUCGUAAUAUUGUUUUUGAUAAAUGAAAAUAAAAGACAUCCCCAAAAUAAGUCCCAGUGUUAUUCUUCAAAUGAAAAUUGAAAUAAGACCCAGAAGUCUUAUUUUGGCAAAUAGGUACAAAGAUGCAGGUUCUCAGCGACUAACUUUUGUAGCUUGAAAAAUGUCUUCGCGCCAUUUUAUUAUGAUUGUUUAAUCGCUUACACAUUUAACAUCAAAUAUAGACACAAUAUCGCCUCUACACAACUGUUUUUAAUUUAUUAAAGCAUCGCAGAAUAUAUGUUAUAUAUGUUUCA